AUGACGACCGAAAGGAAACCACCUAUUAUAAUCCCACCCACGUCUCCACCGAGCGACAUCACCAAGUCCGCCGCCUUCAUCUUCAUCCAUGGCCUCGGUGACGAAGCCGAAGGGCUAGAAAACGUCGCCAACCAAUUUCAGUCCGCGGGCAAACUACCGUACAUGUCUUGGGUCAUUCCCAACGCUCUAGAAAACCACGACCUAGCAACCACAGCCUGGUAUAUCCCCACACGCCUCUCUCCUUACCCGCCAUCCCGACCCGAGCUCGAAGAUGACGAAGACGAAGAGGGUAUGAUGGCUACAGUAUCUUACAUUACGACACUGGUCGAUGAUCUGGUUAAACAGGGCAUUCCGACGGAUCGAAUCAUCCUGGGAGGUUUCUCGCAAGGCCAUGCUAUGGCACUCUUGACUGGCCUGGUAUCAAAGUACACUGCAAAGCUUGGAGGAUUGGUUGGAUUGUCCGGAUAUCUCCCGCUGGCAGAUCAAAUACCUAAGCUGAGAGAGCGGUCCGGAUUGCCGAAAGAGGUGAGUGCAAACAGCGAGAUAUUUCUGGCAAGAGGAACAGGCGACAGACUGGUGCCGAAGCGGUAUCAUCGUAUGUGUUACGAAGGGUUAUGUAAACUUGGUAUCGAGGAAGAGAAGGUGACAGUAAAGGAAUAUGAAGGAAUGGGGCAUGUAAUGGGCGCGGCUGAGCUUCGAGACUUGUGUGCUUGGUUGGAGAAGGUGAUACCUGAGAUGGACUAA